AUUGGUCUUCUCCAGCUGUCCUUAGACACGGAAGUCCUUAACACGGCCAUUCUGACGGGCAAAACGGUGUCUGUUCCAGUCAAGGUUGUUGCCGUGCAGGAGGAUGGGUCCGUAGUUGAUGUUUCAGACUCCACCGAGUGCAAAUCGGCUGAUGAAGACAUCAUAAAGGUUUCUGACAGAUGUGACUCCAUCUUCGUUAAUGGCAAGGAAAUGAAAAGCAAAGUGGAUACUAUUGUUAACUUCACUUACCAGCAUUUUACCACGCAAUUAGAAGUGACAGUCUGGGUUCCGCGGCUCCCGCUGCAGAUAGAGAUCUCUGAUACAGAGCUUAGCCAGAUCAAAGGCUGGAGGAUACCCGUCACCUCCAAUAAAAGGCCUACCCGUGACAGUGAGGACGAAGAGGACGAUGACAAAAAAGGAAGAGGUUGUACCCUCCAGUAUCAGCAUGCCAUGGUGCGAGUCCUCACACAGUUUGUAGCUGAAUCCUCUGAGUUUGGAGGCCACUCGACGUAUAUGCUAGGCUCUGAGUGGCAGUUUGACAUCACUGACCUUGUGACUGAUUUCAUGAAGGUAGAAGAACCCAAGAUUGCUACGCUUCAAGAUGGCCGAGUUCUGGUUGGUCGUGAGCAUGGCAUCACCACGGUCCAGGUUCUGUCACCUCUUUCUGAUUCCAUCUUGGCAGAGAAGACAGUGAUAGUUCUAGAUGACCGUGUAACCAUUACAGAUCUAGGAGUACAACUAGUUUCAGGCUUGUCCCUCUCCUUACAAAUCAGCAAAGGAAGUAAGAGAGCUAUCGUUUCUACCACCUCUGCAUACGAUAUCCUUCAUACUCCGAAACAGGAAGCCAUAGUCAGUGCUUGGAUUUUGUUCAGUGAUGGGUCAGUGACGCCGUUAGAUAUCUACGACUCCAAGGACUUCUCGAUCACCAUCACUUCACUGGAUGAGAUGGUAGUGUCUGCACACCAGAACCUUCAGUCCAAAUGGCCUGGGGUAGUGGCAGAAGGGGAUGGGCAAGGACCUUUGAUUAAAAUUGAAAUGGUCAUCAGUGAGCCAUGUCAGAAGACUAAGCGGAAGAGCAUCCUGGCUGUUGGGAAAGGAAGUGUGAAAGUGAAGUUCGGUCAAAAAGAUUCAGACCAAAAAGGAAGCACUAAUGACAUUGAUGAUGUGGAUAGAGAUUUUAAAAGCCAUGCAAGCAAUUCUAUAGAGAAACCUGCAGAACAAGAGAGGACAGCACAAGAAUGGUCCAAAAACCAUGAGGACGUGUCCAGUCAUGAGGACAAUGCAAACAAAAGCACAACUUUCAUAUCUCCCAUUGAUCAGGAGUCCCUGGAGGAUGGCCAGCUCCAAAAUAACCCAACUGCCUUCACGGGUUUCCCUACGCAGGUAGAAAUACCGGGAGAAAACAAUCCCAGUGAUCUCACAUUGACUUCAAGAGGAUUAACAGAUUUGGAGAUUGGCAUGUAUGCCCUGCUGUGUGUUUUCUGCUUAGCAAUCUUGGUCUUUUUGAUUAACUGUGUGGCAUUUGCCUGGAAGUACAGGCAUAAAAGGUUUGCUGUGAGUGAGCAAGGCAACAUCCCCCAUUCCCAUGACUGGGUCUGGCUUGGAAAUGAGGUUGAACUGCUGGAAAACCCAGUAGACAUUUCGCUCCCGUCAGAGGAGUGCACUACCAUGAUUGACAGAGGAAUGCAGUUUGAAGAAAGCAACUUUCUCCUUAAUGGGAGUUCUCAGAAGACUCUUCAUAAUCAUAUCCUCAGAUCUUCUGAGUACCUUUGUGAAAAAGAAGUUAAAAGUGAACCUAUAAAUCCUUCUGGGCCAAAGCAGAAGCGAGUAAAGUUCACUUCAUAUACAACAAUACUGCCGGAGGAUGGAGGCCCCUACACCAACUCAAUUCUAUUUGACAGUGAUGAUAAUAUUAAAUGGGUAUGCCAAGAUAUGAAUCUUGGUGAUUCCAAGGAACUUAGGGACUAUAUGGAAAGACUGCAAGACAAUAUGUAA